CCUGCUCGCUGUGCUCGUAGCGCCGUGAUGAUCUCUGUGGAGCCCAUGGGUGUGGAGCAUUCUGUGAAGAGGAUCCGCCAGGGUGAAGCAUCGACCGCCAGUCUGAAGGUCACUUAGGGUGCGUUUGUUUCCUGUUAAAUGCACUAGUGGACUUAGUCGAUUCGUCGCUGAUUGUGCGCUCGGUGGAACGUCGACGUGGAGCGCUGGUGGUGGUCGCAUCGCCGUCGUGGACAGUGGGUCUGACGAUUGGUUUAUCGAGCUCACCUCUCUAGCCCCAACUUGCUGAGACUCGUCAUCAACUGAAUUAGUUUGUGGCUGCCAUCCGAUUGGAUUCCCCCGACAUGGCAUUCCAGGGGUGCACCCCGUCGACGCAAUUUCAACAGUGGACUACGAUCCUGCUCUUAUGCUACCUUGGUGGAUCGUUCUCAUGCGGUGCACAGGUCAUCGUAAAUCCUGGUCCACAAGCUUCGAGUAGUAGUUUCCCAACAGCCUCUUUCAUAUUCGGCGACUCUCUUGUCGACGCCGGCAACAACAACUACAUAGGUUCGUUGGCAAGAGCCAAUUACGGUGGUAAUGGAGUCGAUUUCCCUGGGGGCAAAGCUACCGGAAGAUUCUGCAACGGUCGAACAGUCGCUGACAUCAUUGGGCAGCUUCUGGGCAUCCCUUUUGCCCCCGUGUUCCUUAACCCCGCGGCGAAGGGCAAGGCGAUUCUUCGUGGAGUAAACUAUGCCUCAGGCGGAGCAGGCAUUCUCGACUUCACUGGCUACACAUUCGUAAAUCGAAUUCCACUGUGGCAACAAAUCAGUAUGUUCCGCAACACCACUCAGCAAAUUAUGCAGCUUCUGGGUCCGGAAUCUGGGGCCGCUCUCAUUAGAAACUCCAUUUACUCCGUCACCAUGGGAUCCAACGAUUUUCUCAACAACUACUUGGUUGUCGGGUCCCCGUCUCCCAGAUUAUUCACCCCGAAGAGAUUCCAAGAGCGGCUCAUCAAUACGUACCGUUCUCAGCUGACGGCUCUCGUGAAUCUCGGAGCCCGGAAGCUCGUCAUCUCCAACGUGGGGCCGCUGGGAUGCAUCCCCUACCGCAUGGCAGUGUCAUCCACGACGAAGGGGCAGUGUGUGCAAUCAGACAACUCCCUCGUCAUGAGCUUCAACUCCGCGCUCAAGUCACUGGUGGAUGAGCUCAACGGCAAGUAUCCCAAUGCAAAGUUCAUCCUAGCGAACUCCUUCAAUGUAGUCAGCCAGAUUAUCAGCAACCCCGGGGGCUUCGGAUUCGCAACGAAGGAUCAAGCGUGCUGCGGUGUGCCGAUCGGCUUCCACCGUGGAUUAUCUCCCUGCUUCCCCGGGGUCCCCUUCUGUAGGAACAGGAAGAGCUACUUCUUCUGGGAUCCUUACCAUCCCACAGAUGCUGCCAACGUCAUCAUCGGCAACCGCUUCUUCUCCGGCUCCCCAUCGGACGCCUAUCCCAUGAACAUCAAGCAGCUCGCAGCGCUCCAGCUUCCAGGAUGAGCGGUUUAUCAACGCGAUGCGAUCGAUUGUUCGCUGUAGUCAUUAGCAGGCUCCAAGUUUUCCAAGUAUGUCCAAGGAUUGCUCGAACUGUUGACGCCGCUGAAGAUCCAUAGCGUGCUGAUCCAUGUGCUCAACCGACGCCGCAUUGGUGUCGAAUCGUCAGUCUCUGAAUCAGGAUUCGAUUCAGCAGAGGGGAUAUUAUGUGCCAUUCUUUGGGUGAUUCUAUUCAUUUUCAUUCAACGAUAAAUUAAUAAACAGAAACCUCCGUAUAAUACCCA